UUCCUGGUUGUAUAUUUUGCACUGAGGACUGAGGAUACAAUCCAGGAUGCUUCGGAGAACGUUAAACAAACUGUACGUUCCGGGUGGAAUUGUAUCGGCCGGACUGUUCCCAUUCACCACCAAUAAUCAUGAUCAGAUAAAAAUCGACACCAAAACCGUGCAAAGCAUGUACGAGGAGGCGCCCGGUGACAAACAAACCGGCAUGGAGCGAUUACACAUGAUGUUUACAAUUGACGAGUUUGGCCGAGUAUCGAGUGAGCUGAACUCCAUCUAUCAGGCCGGAUUUCUUGGUUUCCUGUUCGGCGCUUGCUAUGGUGGGUUCGUGAAUUCACGCGUCGCCUACAUGAACUUUCUCGAGCGUAACCAGGCAACGGCGUUCCAGUCAAGCUUUGAGGCGAAGAAGAAACUACAGGAUCAGGUGACGCUUAACUUCGCCAAGGGUGCGUUCCGGUGGGGUUGGCGUUUGGCGCUCUUUACCACUAGCUACGUUGGCAUACAGACGAUGGUUUCGGUGUACCGAGGAAAAUCUUCACUGUACGAAUACAUGGCCGCCGGUAGCGUGACGGGUGCAAUGUACAAAUUCAGCAUGGGUUUCCGUGGGAUGGCUUCCGGUGGGCUAGUGGGGCUAGCGCUCGGUGGGCUGGCCGGUGGACUGUCGCUUGGUAUAAUGCGUGCGACCGGUACCACGAUGGAGGAGGUUCGAUUCUGGCAGUACAAAUGGCACACGAACCGCGAACAGGUCAUACGGGAUUCGCUGCAAAAGCAAGCGGAUGCGGAAGAGGAACCACUGCUAAAGCAUCACCACAACAAGUUCGGCGCCGCCAACAUUGAUCUCGAUGCAAUCGAAGCAGAGAAGCGCAAAAUUCAACUGGCCGUUGAGCGGGAAACGAUUAUGAAGCAAUUGGAGCAGGAAGAACAGGCGGAAGUAAAGGUUAAAUAGAGUACCCAUCGCGUAAGGGAUAUGAAACACGUUGUUGCGUUUUCUUUCUUCAUAGUUGCCACUAAUCAUAAAACACCACCGGGUAGAUGAGAUAGUACAGAAAGUACAGGAAGAAGAAGUUUAUUUCAAACAGGAUGUAUAGAAAGAAGAGAUACACACACAAAAUUAUUACCUCGCUGGGGGCGGCGAAAGGGUGGUGAUGAUGGUGGUGGUGGUGGUAAGAAGACGGACGUAACGGAAAGCGGUUUAAGGGACCGGAAAUAGUUUGCUUGCUCCGCGCACACACUCAUUCCACUACUCCUUUUUUUAGCUUAUUGUCUUCAUGUCGGGCAAGGAUUUGGAUUUCAUAAGCUUCUUUUUGGCUUGCAGCUGCUCGUGCUUCAGGCGAAGCUGAAGCAACACUGCCGCACCGCACGCAUCUGUAGGGGAAAGGAAAAACAAAAGGGGGGACAACAAAAAGCGGGGAAAGGAAAAACAAGGAUCCAGCAUUACAACGGGGAAGAAUUUUUCCAAGUAAAGUUCAACUCUGGUAAAGGGAUGCGCGAUUGUUAAACACGAACGAUCUUGGUUUGAGACAAUAAACUCAACGGUUACUUUUCGGUUUUAUUAACGUACAACAUAAUAAAAUUAUUAAAAAAUCA